ACCGCCGGCGCCGCCAAUCAUAACAACAAACCUCAGGCGCACUACAAGAGCGAGACGGGACUCAUCGACGACUUCGACUACCCUUUCUGUGAUGAUGUCUCCAAGUAUGAGAAGCUCACCAAAAUAGGACAGGUGUACGGUCAGAGUAGGACAUGCUUUGUAACGCCCUUCCCCUCCAACUCUUGUCACUCACCCAAAAAACGCCUGUCCUUUGCGGUCAGUCCUAAGCCGAUGCCCCCCACAGACCUCCCUUUCCCCUACACCGUAACGCCUGUCCAUACAAAUGAGUUGUGCGACACUCUCGUGGGGGGCACGUUCGGUGAGGUGUUCAAAGCGAAGCACCGGCAGACGCGUAAGAUCGUGGCGCUCAAGAAGGUGUUGAUGGAGAACGAGAAGGAGGGCUUUCCCAUCACAGCGCUCCGGGAGAUA